UCCCCCUCCUGUAUGCGCCCGUGCUGAUGACGUCGGAGCUGCGCGCCGGAAGUGGCCCGGUCUCCAUGGUGAGGAGGAGCGGAGAGCAGCGGAGGAUACAGGAUGCAGCGAGAAGAGAAGCAGCUGGAGAGCAGCCUGGAUACCCUCAUUGGUCAGGUUUCCGAUAUAAAGAGUGCCUUGGUGGGCUUCAUUCAUAGGCUGGAGAACGAUUUCGAGCGCCUGACCUGGCCGUCCGUGUUGGACAAUUUUGCGCUGCUCUCCGGUCAACUGAGCACGCUCAAUAAAGUGCUUAAAAAUGAAAAGAUGCCACUGCUGAAAAACCAGGUGAUCAUCCCGCUUCUGCUGACACCGGACCGCGAUGAGGAGAUCAUGCGCCUGACGGAAGGAAGAGUCCCGGUCUUCAGCCAUGAAGUGGUACCCGAUCACCUGAGAACCAAGCCUGACCCUGAAGUGGAAGAAGUGGAAAAGCAGCUGACCACCGACGCGGCCCGGCUCACCCCUGAAGCGGCACAGAAACAAGUCCAAACCAUGAACAAGCUGUGCACCAACCUGCUGGAGAAGAUUAUAAAGGAGGAAAGGGACUCGGAUGUUGCAAGUUUACGUCAGAACAAGCAGACCUACAACCCUGCGGACACUAAUGCCCUUGUGGCCGCCGUGGCAUUUGGGAAAGGACUUUCAAACCGUCGUCCUCCAGGCCCUAUGGGUGCAGGACAACCCGGGGGCAGCGGGAUGUUACAGGGAGCUGGGUCCAUGCAGCAGGGGCAAAUGUCCAUGGGUCCUAACCAGCAGCACAUGACUGGCGUACCAAUGGCACAAGGUGGACAGCCAGGUAAGAUGCCCAGCAAUAUUAAAACUAACAUUAAGUCGGCCUCAAUGCAUCCAUAUCAGCGAUGAAGAGACAGAUCAGACGCACAGAGUACACCACUGCCGGCUCGGCAUGAUGGAGGUCGUAGCUUCAUGAACAUUCUCCUCCAUGCUGAGGACUCUUUCACUUGUACAGGAACUGGGUGCAAGUACACUGCCCCGAUAUACCUUGCUAACAUUAUCUGGAAAGCAGAUUCCCUGUUCUUGAGGACAACAAGCAACAUCUACAGGAGGACUUUGGGUUCAACGCUGAAUAGCGUUCCAUGGUUAUCUUUUUGUACUCCUAGGUUGGACAGUAAUAAAGCUUUUUUUUUUUUCA